CGCAAAAAAAAAAAAAAAAAAAAAAAAAAAUCACCAUGAAGCUUCGGUUGCGAUCUAUGGAGGCGCGCGGCGGCGGCGCCACGGCCGAGACCCACCGCAUAGAUCUACCGCCUACGGCCACGCUCGCCGACCUGAGGGCCCUCCUCGCCGCGAAGCUCUUCGCGGCGCAGCCCGUCCCCGCGGAAUCUGUCCGCCUCUCCCUCAACCGCUCCGAGGAGCUCGUCUCGCCCGUCCCCACCGCCACGCUCCCCGCUCUCGGUCUCGCGUCCGGUGACCUCGUCUUCUUCACCCUCUACCCACUCAAGCCCCUCGCGCCGCCGGCUCAAAACCUGCCCCGGAACCUUAGCCCGGGCUCUGCUUCGAUCGCGAAGGCUGUCGACCGCGGCAAAUGUCCGGAGCAGCCUGGUACUGGAGGCUCCUCGUCGCUGGCGCAAGCUGUAGACGCGAACCCUCGCGUACCGGCCGCGUCCUGUCCGCCGGAUGCGGUGAUGGCGGAGGCGGUCGAUGCCACAAAGGGCUGGUCGAGUUGCGUGCUUAGGGAUCUCAAGAGGGAGGUGGAGAACGCGGGUGGCGCUGAGGGAACCGUUGUCGGUCGCCUGGUAGCAGCCCUACAUGCAGCUCUGUUUGAUGCCGGCUUCCUCACCUCAAAUCCGAUGGGGUCUCACCUCUCGCUGCCGCGGGACUGGCCGUCAGGUGCUUUGGAGCCACUAACCAUCAAGUAUACCAUACCAGAGCUUGUAACAAUCUUACCUGUGGCUGAGGAGGGGAAGGUGGCGGUGCUGAACUUCUCCCUGAUAGGGAAUUUUGUGAUGGUAUACGGGUAUGUGCCUGGGGCACAAUCUGAGGUGCGCCGGUUGUGCUUGGAGCUGCCAAAGCUUGAGCCCUUAUUGUAUCUGGAUAGCCAUCGUCUGAGCGAAGUGCAGGAGAGGGAGAUUCUUGAGCUGUGGAGAGUGCUGAAGGAUGAGAUGUGCCUGCCACUGAUGAUAUCCUUGUGCCAACUGAACAAUUUGGGGUUGCCACCAUGCUUGAUGGCUCUGCCUGUUGAUCUCAAGACUAAGGUCUUGGAGCUUGUUCCUGGGGUGGAUCUUGCAAGGGUUGAGUGCACGUGCAAGGAAAUGAGGAAUCUUGCAGCAGAUGAUAAUCUUUGGAAGAAGUUUGUAGUGAAGUUCAAAGAUCAUGGAGAGGGUUCUAGAGGGAGAAUGAGUGCGAAGGCAAGGUUUGUGGAAAUUUGGACUGCCAAUAAGCGGCGGCUGAAGAGGCCCAGUCCAACCUUUUGGAACUAUGGCCGGGGGAACAAUCCAUAUUGCCCACUUAGUCUUCCAGUGAUCAAUGGGGACUCGGACAGACUCCCGUUUAUUGGGAAUCACGGUUUUCUUGGGCAUAGUUUUGGAAAUCAACGGAGGAACAUCACGCCGAACUGCAAUCUUGAUGGUCGCCGCCGUGACUUCCUUCAUGCGCUAAUCCUGAAACAAAGGAAGACGAUUGCAGCAAGACCGAAUCUCUAUUCCCUUCACUUGGAUUACCUUGGGAACAAGAGUAGUACGAUGGAAGCUGCACGGUACUGCACAAACGCCAACAAGCCUCUUCUACAGGUUUCCGGACUGCUUCCACCGCUCUACUAUUGCUCAAUAAUAAUUCUGGCAGCAGAAACAGGUGGUAGCAAUGGGCACCAGAUUCUGAAAGGUUUUCAGAUCAAGUAUCAGGCUCAGGUUGGUGACUUCCAUUUCUUCAGUAGUACAUAUGUUCAUGGGAGGAUCUGUCUAAUACAAGAGAUAAAGAUGUAUUCCCCUCCCAGCACUGAUCCUGGAAGGGACGAAGAGCAGUACUUCGCAAUCGGAGCUAACCUGCUUGCUUCACUAGACCAUACCAUGGAUUUCAAUGAGCCUAUCGUCUUUCCGAUGCACAAUGUAGGCCAGCAAGAGGGGGUUCAGCUUUACAGUUCUACCGGUGAUACUCAGCUAAGUAGAAAUAUCAGCGCGGGGAAGUGUUUAAAGGGUGGUAAAAGGAAGGGUUCUGGAGAGGACAGUUCAUCAAUACAUUCUCAAGCUGAAACCGGUGCAUUGUCUCAGCGAGAAGUCAGCAUGGAGCCGGAGGGUGCUGAUGAGAAGGCAGGUGAUGCUGAUACCAGCAGAGAGGACUACGUGCAUGUCCGAGCAAAGCGCGGCCAAUCCACCAAUAGCCACAGCCUUGCAGAAAGAUUUCGAAGGGAAAAGAUAAAUGACAGGAUGAAGCUUCUUCAAGACCUCGUCCCGGGUUGCAACAAGAUUACAGGCAAGGCCAUGAUGCUUGAUGAGAUCAUAAACUAUGUGCAAUCUCUGCAGCGGCAGGUUCAUUUCCUUUCAAUGAAGCUCUCAGCUAUCAGUCCUGAGCCGAACUGCAAUCUCAACCUACAAGAUAUCCUUUGCUCACAAGAUGCUCGCUCUGCCUUUCCGGGAUACAACCCGCAAAUGAGCAAUGUGCAUCUUAAUCUGUACAGGGCAUCUCAACAAGGGUUCUGGCGUCCAGAAUCAUACGGGAUCAUCCAAAAUCCAGCAAAUGUUCAUAUGGCUAGAACGGCUCAGUUCUCUGAAUUUCCUCAGCAAAGAGGCAUCAUUUGGGACGAGGAGCUUGGAAACAUUACUCCAGAUGCUUUCACUUCAGAUACCGGUGCCAGUAGCAUAGAUAAUUCUCAUUCAUUGAAAGUGGAAUGAAUAGCCGGCGGCUGAUGGUGAACAAUUCUCGCAUCUGAAAAGGAUUCUGGUGUUGGGCUGCGACCUUUUUCCUUGGGACCUUUUGUUGCCGAGAAGGAUUCUGGUGUACACUCGUGUACAGUUUGGCUAAUCAAAGGGUUGAAAAGUUUGCGAUCUGGUUUAGUAAUGUACGAUGCCUGCCUAGAAUUUGUGGUAAAAUUGGGUUUGAUGAAGUGUGGUUCGACCCAAAUAUUUGCCUGUAUCACAAAACGAAAUUUGCCGUGGUGGCGUUCAUUAACAGUAACUUUUUACAUCUAUACGGCCUUAAAUUCACACUUCAA